UCCAAUAUUUUCCUGACAAAAGAUCAAGAUGUCCGGCUUGGGGACUUUGGCCUUGCCAAGACUUUGAAAGCGGAUGACCUAACUUCCUCGGUUGUUGGAACUCCAAACUACAUGUGCCCGGAACUGCUUGCUGAUAUCCCUUAUGGUUUUAAAUCAGAUAUCUGGUCGCUAGGCUGUUGUAUAUAUGAGAUGGCUGCGUAUCGGCCUGCUUUCAAGGCUUUUGACAUGGCAGGGCUUAUAAGCAAGGUUAAUCGCUCCUCAAUUGGCCCAUUGCCUCCGUGCUAUUCACCAUCUUUAAAAGCACUCAUCAAGGGGAUGCUAAGGAAGAACCCUGAGUAUCGGCCAAACGCCUCCGAGAUUUUGAAGCAUCCUUAUUUGCAGCCAUAUGUUGAGCAGUACCGUCCAACUCUUUCUGCAGCGUCUAUAACUCCAGAAAAGCCUCUUAAUUCUCGCGAGGGCCGGAGGAGUAUGGCUGAAAGUCAGAACAGUAAUAGUUCAAGUGAAAAAGACAACUUCUACGUGAGUGACAAAAAUAUCCGCUAUGUGGUUCCAAGUAAUGGUAAUAAAGUCACUGAGACAGAUUUAGCUUCUAUCGAUGAUGAUGACAUCCUUGAGCAUGUGCAACAACCAGCUGAAAAUGAUAAUGUCCAGAGUGUUUCAGCAACGAAACCAGAUGGCCAUGGGAUUUUAAAGCCCGUACACAGUGACCAGCGACCAGACAUUAUUCAACCAAGGCACCCAAAAACUAUCAGAAACAUCAUAAGAACGUCUUUAAUAGCGCAGCAGUCAAGACAAUUAGGAGCAGAAAUUCCAAAUAUGGCAGCCAAGGACACCAUGAAGCUACAUCCAUCUGUUCCAUCAGAGUCUGAAACUAAUUCUCAUCAGUCUCGUGUCCAGACUUCUCCUGUGAUUGCGCCCGAGCCAAAGAGAACCUCUGUCGGAUCUUCCAAAGGAAUGCAGAGUGAAAGCAGCAACUCUAUCUCAUCUUCAUUGUCCAUGCAGGCAUUUGAGCUGUGUGAUGAUGCUUCCACCCCAUAUAUCGACAUGUCAGAACAUACAACUCCUGAUGACCACAGAAGAUCCUGUCACAGUGAAUACUCAUCGUCAUUUCCAGAAGAUAUGAUGAUCCGCAGAGAAGAACACAGCACCAGUAUGCGGCUGACCGAAAUUCCUGACACUGUUUCCGAUGUUCAAAACAACAUUGCCUAUCAUCAUCCAGAAGGAAGCUCGCCCACUCUGCAGAAAGAUGAUAGCCCUGCAACAAUACAGAGCUACGAGCCUAACGCAUCACAACGACACCACAAUGAUGACAAAUUCACAGUCAAAGAAUUUGUCUCCUCUAUUCCCGUAGCUGCACCAAUGCCUUUGCAUGUUGGGCCAUCCCACCAAAUGAAUUCCCACUCUGAUAACAAAACAAGCUCCCACCAAGUGAGUUCCCACUCAGAUAACAAAACAAACUCCCACCAAGUGUGUUCCCACGCAGAUAACAAAAGAGGCAUUGUGUCUCAGAAAUCAGCUCUUGAGAAUAAAGACAAUCCUUCCCAUCCUCAUCCAGUUGUUGACGAUUUCAUACAUGUUAUCCACCACAACAGUUACCGUGUAGGGAGUGACCAACCAGUCAUGGAAAGUGUUGAAGUCGGUGUACAGACCGUCGACAUGGGG